GUUGCGGCGCUCUGAGUUUCUGGGCCCGCACCGCUUCCAAUCCGGCGGCGGGAGCUGUGGGCCCGCGAUUCAGUUUGAGGGUGCCGCGCUGUGUAAAUUUGCGAGGCCGUUGGGAAGGGCCGUCUCUUGUAGCCUCUUCCCCCUGGGCCUACGGCUCCGCGUCCCAGAUGGACAAGGUGUGCGCCGUGUUCGGAGGUUCCCGGGGCAUCGGCAGGGCGGUGGCCCGCUUGAUGGCCCAGAGAGGCUAUCGACUGGCCAUCGUCGCCCGGAAUCUGGAGGGGGCCAGAGCCGCGGCCGGGGACCUGGGCGGAGAUCAUUUGGCAUUGAGCUGUGAUGUUGCCAAAGAACAUGAUGUUCAAAAUACAUUUGAAGAGAUAGAGAAAAAUUUAGGUCAUGUUAAUUUCUUGGUAAAUGCAGCUGGAAUUAACAGGGAUAACCUGUUAGUAAGGACAAAUGCUGAAGAGAUGCUGUCUCAGCUGCACACUAACCUCCUGGGUUCCAUGCUGACCUGUAGAGCUGCCGUGAGGAUGAUGAUUAAACAGCAGAGCGGGUCCAUUGUGAAUGUGGGAAGUGUUGUUGGUCUAAAAGGCAAUUCUGGCCAGUCUGUAUACAGUGCCAGUAAAGGAGGAUUAGUCGGAUUUUCACGUGCUCUUGCCAAAGAAGUAGCAAAAAAGAAAAUUAGAGUGAAUGUGGUUGCACCAGGAUUCAUUCACACAGAUAUGACGAAAGACUUGAACGAAGAACAUUUAAAGAAGAAUAUCCCUCUGGGAAGGUUUGGAGACGCGCUUGAUGUGGCCCAGGCGGUCGUGUUUCUUUUGGAGUCUCCGUAUGUGACAGGGCACGUCCUGGUGGUGGACGGCGGCCUGCAGCUCACCAUGUAGCCGGCUCCUGUCACUGUUGCUGGAGUCACGGCCAGUCUGCGUUACACCUGUGUUUGCUGAUCAAACCUGCUGAUGCUACCGGAAUUGGCUUCUGUCUUCAUACAAGUAUGUCUGUGAAGACAGUGAGAGCAGCUGCGUUUUCCAAAUGACACGUGUCUUCUGGGCAGCGUUGGUGUGCAGUCCCUCCUUACAGGGUUACCUCCAGCCCUGGGGGCUCCAGAUGUUCCCGCCCCUUACAGAAGAGCGUCCAUGUGUCUGUGUGUAACCUCUGUACACUGCACAUCAUCUCUGUUGUUGUUCCGUCACUAAGUUGUGUCCGACUCUUUGCAACCCCUCACACUGUAGCUGGCCAGGCUCCUCUGUCCGUGGAAUUUUCCCGGCAAGAAUACUGGAGUGGGUUGCCAUUUCCUUUUCCAGGGGAUCUUCCUGACCCAGGGAUCGAACCCUGUUUCCUCAGUCUCCUGCACUGGGAGGUGGAUUCCUUACCACUGUGCACCAGGGAAGCCCAAAUCUAAAUCAUUCUUAGAUUACAUAUCAUGCCUAGCACAGUGUAAAUGCUGUGUAAAUAAUUGAAAUACAGUGUAAGUGCUAUGUAAAUAGUUGAUUUUUGGAAUUCUCAAAAACAUACUUAGAAAUUUAAAAACUUUAAAAAAUAUAUUUUCUAUCCAUAGUUGGCUGAACCCAUGGAUGUAGAAGCGGGAUGCAGAGGGCCAAGUGUCUAGACAUUUUGCAAGUAAUGAAAACAGAUGUUAUCUUAAUUUAUGCAUUUUGUUACAAAAGUAGAAAAAAUUACAUGAUCUGAUUGUCAUUAGAUACUUCGUUGUGAUAGCUUACGGUGAAUGGUGUUGGAUUCGUGAUCUCCAAAGAAGAAGAUUUAACUUUGGGACCAGGGACCUGGGUUGAUCCCUCAAGAGCUUUUGUGUAGCAGAGUUUUAUUAAAGUGGAAAGGGACUGAGAAAGCUUCUGACACAGACAUCAGAAGGGGGCGGAGAGUGCCCCCUCACUAAUGUUAGCAAGGGAGUUAUGUACUUUGUAAUUGAUUAUUACAAUACAUCAAAAGAAUGUCUCAAGUUUGUGAAAAUUUUACCAGACCCACUCCCACAAUUUACAUUUUAGGAUAAUGGGAUUAGAAUUUAACAAUAGAAAGAUCCUACCAGUUCCACUCCCAUAAUGUACAUUUUAAGAUAUCAGGAUUAGUCAGAAAGUUUUCAGGAAGGAGAAACUGUCCUCAAGCAGGAUACAUUGUUGUUAUAUAAUCCUUAGAACAGAGUUUAAACUGAGUUGUUUGUUGUGUAAUCAUCAAUUCUGGGCUUAAGGAAAAAAUGUUUCGUGUGACUAAGACUGAGGAAUGUAGAGGGAAAAUUUUUGUCCUUUCUUCCUCCUUGAGAACCCCAGACCUCUCUCUCCUCGGGGACCCCUGGACUUGUUAUCAGCCUGCCUAGGCAUUGGCGCUCUCAGCUGCAUUGGGCCAAAUACUCUAGAAGUUAGCGUGGCAGGCCAAGUGCAAGUUAAGUGCACCAAAGCAGGAGGACUCGAAGGGCGUCAGGCAGGUGCCUUAGCAGGCCUGCUGGGGCUGACCAGUGUAGCCCUCUGCCCGUCCCCUGAAUAGUCAGCUGUCACGCAGGCUGAGAAGGACAGUCAGACACAGACCUGACUGUGGAGUCUGGGUUUUUUGAGUGGCAUUGCGCCUCUGUGAGCCGCUGGGUACAACAGACCACACUGGACAGAGGAGUCUGGUGGGUACAGUCCAUGGGGCUGGAACUGGACGCAGCUGAGCGACUGAACACCAAGUGUGGGUGGCUGAUGUGUCCUGUGGAAAUCUCAGGGGCGCUGUGGUUAACCCUUGGUUUUAGUACCUGGUCCAGCUGUAAGUUGCAUAGACCUCAUCAGCUUAGGAUGUGGAACUGGUGUUUCUUGGGUUGUAGUUUUUUUUCUUUUAAUUCCUCAAAACUCUCAAUUUAGCUGGUUUCUUGAAAACAGCAUAAGAAAUAAUGACAUUUUAAAAAUUAAGAAUUUUUGCAUUAAUGAAUAUAAUGAUUCUUAUGUGAAAUUUUAGAAGAUAAUAAUUGUGAACAAUCAUUAGUAAAUAUGCAGUAAUAACAGUGAGCGCAGUGUCUUUACGAGGAGCAGGGAAAGCGUUAGUCUUGAAUGGAAAUACUUGUCUGAGAUUAGAAAUGACGCAAAUUGUGUGAAAACAUCAGAUGAUACCUAUUUUGCAUUGAUCUCUUUUGUGAGAAUAGCAUGAUAAUUUUAAAUAUCACUUGGUUCAUGUUGGUUUUUUAUCAUCAUUUCAAAUGUUUUAAAUAUUAUUGCAUUUUAAAAUAAUCUUUUUACAGUUUUUUUGGAGAUGAACAUGAUUUUAUGUAAACAGAUUAAUUUUACAUUGAAAGUUGGUACAAAAGUACGAAUAGGAUAUAUGACAUAAAUGCAGACUGAUAAAAAUAAUAAAGUCAAAUCUGUGUUCUAAAUCAAAA